AGAAUUGGGCAGUGUGAUCCCAGGUGUGGAAUAGAGAGGGGGAGCAUGACUUCCUUGGAUCUAGGCACUCGGUUCCUAUUGAUCCCAUUGGCUUUUUUGAGCCGCCGCAUGACAUUGUAGGCUCAUGUUUAACUUGAGAGGCAGGGGCGGGGAGAGGAAAUAGGGGCCUCUCUUUAAGCCGCUCCUUAUGGGGCUUGUUCUCCAGAACCAUGAUCAUUUGAGUCGCCCUCCUCUGGACACAUUCCAGCUUAGAGUCAACAUCUCCAUUCAAUUGUGGUGCCCAGAAUUGGACACAGUGUGAUCCCAGGUGUGGAAUAGAGAGGGGGAGCAUGACUUCCUUGGAUCUAGGCACUCGGUUCCUAUUGAUCCCAUUGGCUUUUUUGAGCCGCCGCAUGACAUUGUAGGCUCAUGUUUAACUUGAGAGGCAGGGGCGGGGAGAGGAAAUAGGGGCCUCUCUUUAAGCCGCUCCUUAUGGGGCUUGUUCUCCAGAACCAUGAUCAUUUGAGUCGCCCUCCUCUGGACACAUUCCAGCUUAGAGUCAACAUCUCCAUUCAAUUGUGGUGCCCAGAAUUGGACACAGUGUGAUCCCAGGUGUGGAAUAGAGAGGGGGAGCAUGACUUCCUUGGAUCUAGGCACUCGGUUCCUAUUGAUCCCAUUGGCUUUUUUGAGCCGCCGCAUGACAUUGUAGGCUCAUGUUUAACUUGAGAGGCAGGGGCGGGGAGAGGAAAUAGGGGCCUCUCUUUAAGCCGCUCCUUAUGGGGCUUGUUCUCCAGAACCAUGAUCAUUUGAGUCGCCCUCCUCUGGACACAUUCCAGCUUAGAGUCAACAUCUCCAUUCAAUUGUGGUGCCCAGAAUUGGACACAGUGUGAUCCCAGGUGUGGAAUAGAGAGGGGGAGCAUGACUUCCUUGGAUCUAGGCACUCGGUUCCUAUUGAUCCCAUUGGCUUUUUUGAGCCGCCGCAUGACAUUGUAGGCUCAUGUUUAACUUGAGAGGCAGGGGCGGGGAGGGGAAAUAGGGGUCUCUUGCCCACCCCCACCCCCUUCAACCCAGAGCCUCGAGCUGCUCUCCGAGAGAGUGUGAGCGGAUAGUGGGGGGUAGGAAAGACUGGAGGCGGGAGACACGAGAGAGAGAGAUUGAGAGAGGGAGCCUCGCCUGCUUGCUUGCCUGCCUGCCGGGCGAGACUGAGAAGCCAUCGCUGCCUCUUGCUCUCUCAGUCACACACAGAGAGAGGCGCGCAGACGAGGAGGAGGAGGAGAAAGAAGGGGACGCACCCAUUCAUUGCAGGCCUGUGGCUAGGGGAGCCCAGAGAGGAAGGGGCGCCAUGCCGAGGUUAGAGAACAUUUGGAAAUUGGUCUAACAGAGCAAUCAUGAUGGGAUUAAAGAAGCCAACUGCCUUUCCUGGUGGUCUACACCUUUUAAGUGUUGUUGUACUCUUGCUAUUGCACAUGGACAAAGCACACUCAGAACAUCAGGCUGAAGAUGGUAAUGAUACUAAAGAAUGUACUGGUUCUUAUAUUUGCAAGAAAGGUGUGAUUUUGCCAAUCUGGGAACCUCAGGACCCUUCAUUUGGUGACAAAAUAGCAAGAGCCACUGUAUACUUUGUGGCCAUGGUCUACAUGUUUCUAGGAGUGUCGAUUAUAGCCGAUCGCUUCAUGUCAUCAAUAGAAGUGAUUACAUCCCAAGAGAAAGAGAUCACCAUCAAGAAACCUAAUGGUGAAACCACCAAGACCACAGUUAGAGUUUGGAAUGAGACUGUUUCCAAUCUAACUCUGAUGGCUUUGGGCUCUUCUGCUCCAGAGAUCCUCCUUUCUGUGAUUGAAGUGUGUGGCCACGGAUUCCAUGCAGGGGACCUUGGGCCAAGCACCAUUGUAGGAAGUGCAGCCUUCAACAUGUUCGUCAUCAUAGCCCUUUGUGUUUACGUUGUCCCAGAUGGAGAAAUCAGGAAGAUUAAGCAUCUCCGUGUGUUUUUUGUCACUGCGGCUUGGAGCAUCUUUGCCUACACUUGGCUUUACUUAAUUUUAUCUGUCAUAUCGCCUGGGGUAGUAGAAGUCUGGGAAGGCUUGCUCACCUUCUUCUUCUUUCCAAUCUGUGUGGUGUUUGCCUGGGUUGCCGACCGGAGGCUCUUGUUUUACAAGUAUGUCUACAAGAGGUACAGGGCUGGCAAACAGAGGGGGAUGAUCAUUGAGCAUGAAGGUGAAGGGCCGCAGUCCAAAGCUGACAUUGAAAUGGAUGGGAAAGUAGUUAAUUCCCAUGUUGAAAGUUUCUUGGAUGGCACUCUGGUCCUCGAGGUAGACGAGAAGGAUCAAGAUGAUGAGGAAGCGAGGAGGGAAAUGGCCAGAAUCCUCAAAGAGCUGAAGCAGAAGCAUCCAGACAAAGAAAUGGAGCAGCUGAUAGAAUUGGCUAAUUAUCAGGUUCUUAGUCAACAGCAAAAGAGCCGAGCCUUUUACCGAAUCCAAGCCACUCGACUAAUGACCGGGGCAGGCAAUAUAUUGAAGAGACAUGCUGCAGACCAAGCCAGAAAAGCAGUCAGCAUGCAUGAGGUCAACUGUGAAGUAGCAGACAAUGACCCUGUCAGUAAGGUGUAUUUUGAGCAGAGCACCUACCAAUGCCUUGAGAACUGUGGCACGGUAGCCAUAAGUAUCUCCCGCCGAGGUGGUGAUUUGACCAAAACUGUCUCGGUUGAUUUCCGAACAGAAGAUGGUACUGCCAAUGCAGGAUCUGAUUAUGAAUUCACUGAAGGGACUGUGGUAUUUAAGCCUGGCGAGACACAGAAAGAAAUACGGGUUGGCAUAAUUGAUGAUGAUAUAUUUGAAGAAGAUGAGAACUUUCUUGUUCACCUCAGUAAUGUCAAAGUGAUCUCAGCGGAGCAAGAAGAGAGUGUGCUAGAAGCCAAUCAUGUCGCAACAGUGGCUUGCUUGGGGUCACCUGCUACUGCCACGGUCACUAUCUUUGAUGAUGAUCAUGCUGGCAUUUUUACCUUCGAGGAGCCAGUCACUCACGUAAGUGAGAGUGUGGGAACCAUGGAAGUGAAAGUGCUACGGACAUCUGGAGCUCGAGGAAAUGUUAUUGUGCCGUACAAAACAAUCGAAGGCACAGCCAGAGGGGGCGGAGAGGACUUUGAAGACACUUGUGGAGAGCUCGAGUUUCAGAAUGAUGACAUUGUCAAAACGAUAUCAAUCAAAGUAAUUGAUGAUGAGGAAUAUGAGAAAAACAAGACCUUCUACAUUGAAAUUGGGGAGCCCCGUCUGGUGGAGAUGAGUGAAAAGAAAGCCCUGUUGUUGAAUGAGUUUGGUGGCUUCACAAUAACAGGAAAGUGUUGGAAUGGAAAGCCUGUCUACAGGAAGGUUCAUGCUAGAGACCAUCCUUUUCCUUCUACUGUAAUCAACAUUCAAGACGAGGAGUAUGAGAAGCUGCCCUUGACAAAGAAGGAGGAGGAAGAGCGUCGCAUCGCGGAAAUGGGGCGGCCCAUCCUGGGGGAGCAUACAAAGCUCGAAGUGAUCAUUGAGGAAUCCUAUGAGUUCAAGAACACUGUGGACAAGCUCAUUAAGAAGACAAACCUUGCUCUUGUGGUUGGGACAAACAGCUGGAGAGAACAAUUCAUUGAAGCUAUUACUGUCAGCGCUGGAGAGGACGAUGAUGACGAUGAAUGUGGAGAAGAGAAGCUGCCAUCCUGCUUUGAUUACGUGAUGCACUUUCUGACCGUCUUCUGGAAAGUCUUCUUUGCCUUUGUCCCCCCAACGGACUACUGGAAUGGUUGGGCUUGUUUUGUUGUUUCCAUCCUCAUGAUCGGCCUUCUGACCGCCUUCAUUGGGGACUUGGCAUCCCAUUUUGGCUGCACCAUUGGCCUGAAGGAUUCCGUCACCGCAGUUGUAUUUGUUGCAUUGGGAACUUCAGUGCCAGACACCUUCGCCAGCAAAGUGGCAGCCUGCCAAGAUCAAUAUGCAGACGCUUCCAUCGGCAAUGUCACCGGUAGCAAUGCUGUGAAUGUUUUCCUUGGGAUCGGCGUUGCCUGGUCCAUUGCCGCCAUCUACCACGCAGCCAAAGGCCAGGCCUUUGAAGUCCAACCGGGCACCUUGGCGUUCUCCGUCACCCUCUUCACCAUCUUUGCUUUUAUCAGCGUUGGCGUGCUCCUCUACCGGCGGAGACCGGAGAUUGGAGGUGAGCUGGGCGGGCCACGGACUGCCAAGCUUCUGACCUCAUCCCUCUUUGUGCUCCUUUGGCUCUUGUACAUAUUUUUCUCAUCUCUGGAAGCCUACUGCCACAUACCGGGCUUCUAAAGGAACUCUUGGAAGAUAGUAGCUAUAUGUAUCUAUAGAAAGAGAGCGAAAGAGAAAGAUAUAGGUAUAUAGAUAUAGAUCUAAUAUUAUUGAAGAGAGGAAGAAAAGACAUUUGCCAUGUUCACCUAUCUACUGAUGGAAUGUAGCUUUGCAGUAGGAGUUUGAGAUCUGCAGGAUUCGUCACCGGGGCAGCGUCACACAAACAAGAGGCACAGAUGCAGGGACAUCUCUGCGACUCAUCUUUACAAGAUCAUGAUGGAGUUACUUUACAUUUUCCUUGUUCCCUCCCUGUAUAAGGGUUGAUCUGAUUUCAGUGGGGGUCAAUUGGAAAGACAAAAGGCCACCCGAGGCUGUAUCAUAUUGGGCCAAUGACUGAAAAGGAGAGUGAUUGACUUUAUUUACUAAUAUUUUUGUUGCCUUCUUCACAAUUCAAGAACAAGCCGAACCAUCACCCUCAAAGAAACAUGUGAGUCUGGAGUGAUGUGCAAGAUCCAGGGAUUUCCAGCCCUCAUGCUGUUUUGUUGAUCGGGGGAGCUGUUUUGGGGGAGAUUGGGAGUUUGUCUUCAUAUUUUGUUUGUUUUGAACCCUACCAACCCCCACUUACUGUCCGGCUGUUUCAAGAGUAUCUUACGUUGAAAUAUCACACAAAUCCCCUGCUGGUUUUUUUUUUUAAAAGAGGUCUCUGAUUCAGAAUCAUGAUUUGAUGCAUCCAAUCCCCCCAUCCCUUUCAAAGAGGAAAGCAACCGUUAAACAGCAUUUCAUUCGCUCCAAAACUGUGGAUUAUUACCAAAAAUGUGCCCAAAGCCCUAAAUGUCACAUCCUACUUGACACAACACACACAGUGGGCCCUCCAAAUCCGCGGUGUUCGAAUCCGUGAUUACCAGCAACCACGGAUCAUGCGCUCACAUUGCCAUCGUUUUAUAAUGUAGAGUGUGAUCGUCCAUAGUUCUUUGCAUCUGCGGCAGGUCCCGGAACCGAACUCCCGUAGAUAUAGCAGACCCACUGUAUCUAUAUAUAUUGUUGAGGCUCUGACAUAUCCUGUCAGACUAAUUUUAAUUACCUCCUGUGCCCUUCCCCUACCCUGCCAAUCUUUGCUGCUAUGCUCCUUCUCAUAUGCCAGUUUGGGAAUGCUUUCAUGGUACUUGUUGUAACACUUUGCAUGAAUGAAGCAAACCAUAAUCUGUAAUAUAGCAUUGAGUAGUGAUAGUCUGUUCAGUGAUGCCGAUUGAACAUUGAAGAAGCGA